AAAAGAAGCUGCUCGCUUGUCUCUCUCUCUCUCUCGGUGCGAGUGGAUAGGGUGCUAUUUGAUUUAUUCCUGGCUGGAAAGUUAAUUGCUCCGCCCCCGGGAUACCGUGUGACAUGUCAUUCCUCCUUUUGAUGUUUAUGUGUGUGUUAUGUGUGUGUGUGUGUGUGUUUGUCCGACAGUCUUUCGCCUUCUCUCCGCUUCUCUCUACAAAAAAAUAACAAUAAUAACAACUUCAACAGCCGAGUGGAGGAGCCGAGAGCAACUUUGAUCAGUCACAAAACCCACCUUUUCUUUUAAAUGAACGUGUGUUGAUUCCUGUUCUUGUUCAAGAGGAGAAAUACAGUGGGGAUUUUUUUUUGUCUUUUUUUCUUUUCCCCCAAUUUUUCUAUGUUCCAGCAACCAUGGCCGUUCCGGUUGCACUGAUCCCACCAGCUCCGGUGAAUCAGACCCCAAUCUCGACCCCUUCAUCCUCCUCAUCUUCCUCCUCUUCAUCCUCUCCUGCAAUCACUUCCUCGACGGCCGGAGCUGCAGCGGGAGCAGGGCCAGGGACAGCGGGGACAGCACAGAGUUUAUUCCGGGCGGACGGCGGCACGAAACCGGUUUAUUCUACGCCGUCUCCGGUCGAGAACACGCCGCAGAACAACGAGUGCAGGAUGGUGGAGCUGCGGGGGGCCAAGGUGGCCUCGUUCACCGUGGACGGACACGAGCUGAUCUGCCUGCCCCAGGCCUUCGACCUCUUCCUCAAGCACCUGGUCGGCGGGCUGCACACCGUCUACACCAAGUUGAAGAGGCUGGAUAUAACGCCCGUGGUCUGCAAUGUGGAGCAAGUGCGCAUCCUGCGGGGCCUGGGCGCCAUCCAGCCCGGGGUCAACCGCUGUAAACUCAUCUCCAGGAAGGAUUUCGAAAUCCUCUACAACGACUGCACCAACGCCAGAUGUCUCACAUUUACAGUGAGUGGACAGGAGGAGCCACUCAAAGUGCAUUCUUCUAAACUGAUGGGGAAAAGUCCUGUCUUGGGUUGCAGAAACUUUCUGUAUCCAGUUAAUUUCUACUCUAGUUCCAGGCCAGGAAGACCUCCUAAACGAUCUCAGAGUGUUACAUCCCCUGAGAACUCCCACAUCGUGCCACACACUGUCCCUGGUCUAAUGUCCCCAGGAAUGAUCCCACCUACAGGUCUUACAGCAGCAGCAGCAGCUGCAGCUGCAGCAGCUACCAAUGCUGCCAUAGCAGAGGCUAUGAAGGCGAAAAAGAUCAAAUUAGAAGCCAUGAACAGCUUCCAUGGUAACAGUAACCAGCAUGGCGCAGAGUCUGAAAAUGGCGACAUUAACUCCAGCAUUGGUAGCAGCGAUGGCUCCUGGGAUAAAGAUAAACUGCAGUCUCCCACUGGCCCAUCCUCACAGGGCUCUGUCAGUCAUCCUCCCCUCUCCAACCAGCACAACCUCGCAGCAAACCACUCCCUCAACUCCCUGCAGCAGAACCACUUAUUACCCAAUGGUCUGGAGCUCCCUUUCAUGAUGAUGCCUCAUCCACUCAUUCCCGUCAGCCUACCUCCUGCCUCUGUUACCAUGGCUAUGAGCCAGAUGAACCACCUUACCACUAUCGCUAAUAUGGCAGCCGCAGCUCAAGUACAAAGUCCCCCUUCCAGGAUGGAAACCUCAGUUAUUAAGGAACGUGUACCUGACAGCCCCUCACCUGCCCCAUCCCUGGAAGAUGGCCGUCGGCCAGGGAGCCAUCCUUCUUCCCAUCGGAGUAGCAGUGUGUCGAGUUCACCUGCUCGGACUGAGAGCUCCUCUGACAGAAUCCCUGUCCAUCAGAAUGGAUUGUCAAUUAACCAGACUCUCCUGGGGUUGUCCCCAACCAUCCUACCUGGACCCAAGGAAGGAGAUGUUGCUUGUCAGGAUGGAGGCCAUGAAGUGAAAAGAAUGCACACUGAGAAAGAUGAAGUCCUGAUUUCCACUCCAACCACAAGGGAGUGCUUUGAGAAGCUUUCCUUGGCUGGCCAGCACCUACCACCAGGUUUUCCAACUCCUCUCCUCUUUCCUGAUGGACUUUCUUCCAUAGAAACUCUGCUGACGAACAUCCAGGGGCUACUGAAGGUUGCCAUAGAUAAUGCCAGAGCCCAGGAGAAGCAGGUGCAACAUGAAAAAACAGAGUUGAAGAUGGAGCUGUUCAGGGAGCGGGAGAUGAGGGAAAGCUUGGAGAAGCAGUUAGCUGUGGAACAGAAAAACAGAGCAAUAAUUCAGAAACGGCUAAAGAAAGAAAAGAAGGCAAAGAGGAAAUUGCAGGAAGCGCUUGAAUUUGAAACCAAGCGAAGAGAACAAGCAGAGCAGGCAUUAAAACAAGCUGCCUCUGCAGACAAUCUUCGGGUCCUGAAUGAUUCGGUGACCCAAGAGAUGGAAGCUGACCGCAGCACUGGACGAACAGAUGCUGAAAGGACAAUACAAGAUGGAAGGAUGUAUCUGAAGUCAUCUGUCAUGUACUGAGACAACGGCGCAGUAACACGCCACAUGACAUGAAAAGACAAUUAGGAACACAAAAGAAACAAUGUAUAAAAAGACAAAAUACUGUCCUCUAUGAACAAGCGGGUUAACUGUGCUUUCGAGACAGCUUUACCCAGUCUGCAUAACUAUGUUACUGUGUCAUCCAUGAAAUGUUUGAUGUAUUAACGACGAGAGUCCUCUCGCACCAACUGACUUCGACGGCAGAACUCGCUGAAGCAAACACUGUUGCUGAACCAGAAACGACUAAACUCAAAUGGUGACUACAUUCAGGAGGUCACUGCUGGCAGGCACACAUGAAUAAAUGGCGCAAGCACGAGCUUUGUGCUUUUUCUUUUGGACUAAAUUAUGACCAGUGCUGACAGGUACAGUGUUAAGCACACCACGCAAAAAAUAAACUACUCACCAGUAGUCAAAAAGAAGCAAACAAAUUUUUCUUUGUAAUAUUUGUUGUCCACCCCUUUCCCUCCAGCUCUCUCGUGUUCCUGUCAUUGUGUUUAAAUCCAGCAAAUAAGUUUUAAAGUGUUCUUUCUGGAAUUCAAUGGAAUUUAACUCAGAAUUUGGAGGUAAUUACAAAUCAAACAACACUACAUCCAUAUUAUGCAGAUGUGUGUUUGAACAAGAGACAAAAAGACAUCCACAUUAGUUAUUAAGGCAAAACUCAGAAGAUAAACCUGGUAUUGAGAUUUUUCGGCAUUAGCAACUAAAAUUUAAAGAAAUACAUAAUAAAGAGAAGUGAAUGUAAGUUGUUUUUAAAAGUCAUGAAAAUACAUAAUUGUGCACUCCACCCAGACAAAUCUGUGAAUGCUGUUUGCUUCUUCCAGCCAAGCUACUGGUCGUGUGUAUAUAUGACACAGGGAGGUAAUGUGUAUGCAGUAGAUUACUAGAGAAUAAAACUACACAGUACUUUUGAAAUUUAGAUGCUGAUAUGUUUUGUCACUAUUUGUUCCAGAAACUGCAAUUUUUUUUGUGAUGAAGCUCAUUAACAAAGCAUGCAGGCAUGUAAAUAUUUGUUCUCAAGUCACAGUAUUACUGAUCGGGAUCCUUGGCGUCUGAUGUGCGCCUCUGCAAAAUCAGCACGGUGGGUCAGAAGUUCCCUUCUGCCUGCCACUCAUGUGAGGAGAGCUUGUCUCUAACUCUCUGAUACAGAACUGAUGAUAUUAAUUAAGAUCUGUGGCAAUUGCAGCAAGUUGGAUCAAAAUGCCACAGAAAUGUUUCUCAUUUUAUUUUUAAUUAUUAUUUUCUGCGUCACCUUGAGACGUUACUCUUCAAAAAUAAAAUAGGAACUUUGCAACACUUGAUGUAACAGUUGAAAAAAAACCUAGCUGAGUGGUGAGUUGAAGUCUGUAUUCUCCCUGUGUAAUAGGGAAGGAUGGUUAUGUGUAAUUAUCACUGUCUUUGAUAAACUGUGUGUUCACCUUUGUGCAAAUACUUGGAAGUAAACUCCAACACAAUGCUAA